AUGCAGGUUCAGGAGGCGUCAGCGAUUCGCGCCCCCAUCCUCAAUGGCAUGCCCUCUCAGCAGCCCCCUCGUUACGUCCCACGCACAAACAACAUCGCCCAGUACAUUUUCUCGUAUCUCCGUCACUUCACUGUUGAGUUUGUAAUGGGCGUCAGCUUCGCGUCGUACUACGCCAUCACAUGUUUUGUCCGCGGCAUGAUCGGCUACGGCUUCUACCGCUCCACCGAGGUGUGCCACGGGAUUCCCAUCGUGGUGCUUGUGCCGGUCGCCCUGCGCUCCAUGCACUUUCCGCGGUGUUACAUUGGCAUCACCGCGACGCAGAGGAUACGUCAGACAGACCGCACAACGCGGCGGGCGGGACGGUGCUACGUGCAAUGGGAGUUAUACGCGCACGUCGAGGAGUUUUACAAAGACGCUGACACCCAUGCCCUCUACAGUAGCAGUCAAACACACACAAACAACGACAAUGGGGGGGGGGGGGUAAAAGAAGGGGCCAACGGUGCCAGUGCCGGGGGGGCUGCAUGCGGUCCCAUUUUAUUAUUUCAUGGUGUGGCACUGCACCGCAGCGAUGUCGCCUACGCGUGA